AAGUAUUUGAAGUGGGAAGUCAACGGAUCGGCAGACCGUGUUAUGUAUAAUCAACAAUGUCCAUUGUUUUUGUAUAUUAAAAAGCUUCGACUAUCCUUAAAAUAUUGACAGAUGUUAAACGUUAUGCAAAAGAAAUUAUUCUCGACAGUUGUUCCUGAUAAUAUCGACCUUUAUUGAACUUUAUAACUAUUAUCGCGUAAUCGUAGUAGUAGGACUGAUUAACGGAACAGCCAACUAUUUCAGUUUGUUAUCAACUGCCGACAGUGGGGAGACGUUAGACGUAUGUGUGUAUUGCUUGAACUAAGUAACGGAGAGGAACGUUAAACGGAAUUUUAUUUCGAAUGAGACAAAUAUUUAAUGGAACAUCUUAGAUCACAAGUUGUUAACCCUCAUGUAGAGAGGGUUAUCAAAAACUUUCAAACAUCAGCCAUGCGGAGUUUACAAGGCCCUGGUCCCGCUGGAUUUCUUUCACCAAGUGACAUUGAGGAAUACCGUAAAGCACUUAAAAAACUUCCGGAAAAGGGUUUGGAGUACGACCCUCUAAGAGGACCUCCGCCCUUCCCAGUGCAACAAUUUCCAGUAUUUGGACCCGUGGAUGCUACUAAAAGUGAAAAAACGGAUACUUUGUUAGAAACCGAAACCAUUGCUUGUUUUGAAGUUGGGGGUGAAAAAAGGUUGUGUUUACCACAGAUUCUAAAUACGGUUCUGAGGGAUUUUAGUUUGCAGCAAAUAAAUGCUGUGUGUGACGAACUUCAUAUUUUUUGUUCACGGUGUAAUCCUGAACAGCUUCAUACAUUAAAAAUGACAGGGAUUCUUCCAUUAGGGGCACCGAGUUGUGGACUUCUUACAAAAACUGACGCUGAAAGACUGUGCAAUGCACUACUUCAUAGGGCACCUGCUAAAUGUUCUGAGCCCCCUACACGGGACAGCUUUAAAGUUUAUCAUGAAUGUUUCGGGAAAUGUAAAGGGAUCUUUAGUCCUGAGAUGUAUGUGGAACCAAUUGCCAAAUGUAUUCAGUGUGUGGACUGUAUGGGCUCAUUUUCACCAAGUGAAUUUGUUCGUCAUUCGCACAAAGCGCUUGAAAACAGAACUUGUCAUUGGGGAUUUGAUUCAUCACAUUGGAGAUCUUAUUUAUUGUUGGCUAAAGAUCAAGAAAACCGUGAUCGAGUGAAAGAGGUAUUGCAGUACAUGAAGUCAAGAUUCGAUACUUCGAAGAAAUAUAAACGAAAGCAGCGACCAGAAAUCUGCGACCCAACAGAACUUAAAAGAUCUAAAAGUGAAGAAAGUGGAAGUUCUAGUGGGUCAAGUAGUAGCUCCUGGUCAGAAUCCUCUGGAGUGCGUGGUUUAUCAGCAUUUACACCAUGGUCAGCGCUGGCAUUAAAAGACGGAAAACUGCUUCAUAAUGCAUCAUCUAUACUCAGAGAAAACUUCCCAGGAAUUCCUGCAUACCUACAGUCUGGUCCUCCUGUUUUACUGAAUCCAGACCGAGUUGUUCCUUCAUCUGAAUCAUCGAGAUACGAGAGAGGUUUUGCUCCUAAUGUAUCUUUGGCCCCAGCAUCCAAACACAAAGAUGAUGUUGAUGAUAUCAGUGAUGACGAGGAAGACAAGGAACCAGUUAAAUCAGAAACAGAAAGGUCAAGGUCACCAGCUUCUAGAGAAUGGGAUCUCCCAAGUGAAUCUGAUGACUCCCUUCACCUUUCAGAUGGGGAAGAGACAACUGCAGAUUCACCAGAUCUAAAAGCUUCCCUAGAGGAGGAGUUACAGUUAGUGCAGUGUAUGCUGGAUAAAACAUCAUUGAGUCAGGAAGAAAAAGAUAAUUUCCUUGUAAAACUUGGAAAAGUUCAUUCAAAAAGGGACGAGCAGUUCAAUCAGAUGGUUAGAAUGAACAGUACUUUGAGAAAGGAAGUUGAGGGCUUGAAGAAAACCAUGAAGGAGAAACUAGACAAAAUGGUGGAGAAAAAUGAAAAAUUAACGAAACAAUUGGAGAGAACAAGAAUUGAAACAGAAUGUAGAUUAGAGGAGGCUAACGACGAUAAGGAUAAACUUGUCAAGGAGAUCAAAAGAUUACAAGGUCACGAAGAAGUGGAGACUUCGAAAUAUGUACAGAUAAAUGGAGAAUUACAGACCCGUUUGCAUCAAUAUGAACUUUUGUAUGAACAAGUCAGACGGGAUAACAUGAUAUUACAAGACGAAUUACAACGCUCUGGUGUAAUGGUUACAGAACUAUUGUCAAAACAAAGACGAUUUACUCUUCCAAAUUCUCCACAGGUGUCGCCGCGGAAAUUGUCACCAAACUAUGAACAGGUGAAAAAAGAAAGAGACACAUGAUGAAAUUGUUUUUUGAUAAAUUAUUGUUUAAAUUUGCACGGUAGUUCUGUUGUUACAACACAAAUGUGUGCCAUCAUAAAAUAUGUAUCCCGGUAACAAUGCAGUGCUCAGCUUGAUAGCCAGUUGCCAUAGAAACACAAAUGCCGUUUGAUGGUUUCUGUAGAGGUUCCGAGUUGCACGAUAUAGUGCAUAGUGCUGAGGACGGCAUCUUUUUUUCCCAUUUGUAACUUGAUGAAAGGCAUUUGAAAAAAAGGUUGCACAUGGAGUCUCCUUAUUCCCAAAACCGUAGUCAAAUGUAGUUUCAGAAGAACAAUGGAGUUUUGACAAUCAGAAAUAUUUUUUUUAAAAGAUAUGAAAUCUGAACGAAAAAAUUUCUGAAUUAUGAAUUUAUAUCAUUUUAAUACUAGUACGGUCACAAAACAAAAGGGCAUUAGGAUUUGUUGAUAACUGAACAAAAAAUGGAGACUUCUGUGCGUUUUAAAAACUUACGUUUCUGAACAGACUCGUUAACAUGAAGUGCUGUGAUGGAAGAAGUGCUGUGAGACUUUGUAAAUAUUGUUGUUAAAUUGUUGUGCUAUUAUUAAUUAUUAUUAUUAUAUGGUAAUUGUUGUGAUGUUAGUUUUUUGGGGGCAUAAAAGGGGGCGAUUUUAAUAAUUAUUUUCCCGGUCACAUUGUGUAUGUUCUCUAGUUUGGCCAGUAAGCACUGCAGCAACAUAUUAUUAUAUUUUGAUUUUAUUAUUAAUUUUAAUCUUCUUUUUUUUUACCCCUUUUGUGCCCUUUUGAUUAAGAUAGAUGCAAUGUACUCGUGAUAACAAAAAAGUUCAAAUGUUGUAUGCAUACCUACUUUGGAAUAUUAUUAUUUCCGAUCAGUUUAUUUUUACAUGUUACAAUACUUUCAUUUAAAACAAAAAAAUGAGGAUAUGAUUAUUAUACAGUUAUUUUUUAUUUUCUUUUUUUCCGUAAUGAUGAUUUCUUUUUGAAAUUUAUAUUAAGUAUAUUUGAUUAGGUAAUAUAGAAGUAAAAUUCAGGUCUUCGAUCUGGAAAGAAGAGUUUGUGUUGAUUCAAAAACUUCUUCCGAUAAUGAUAUUAGUAAAAAAACAUUUACCAUUAGAUUUUAUUUUCAUUUGUAAAGCUUGAAGAACGGACUAUAUUGGAGAAUGGUUGUGAUAUGUUGCCUUUUCUUUAUUUAGCUAAAGUUGUAUGUACAAUAAUAUAGGGCAAGGGACUUAAUUCAAAUGGAAUGUUCCUUCAGUCACAGUUAAUUGAUAUUAUAUUUUCCUUAAUAUUUCUUUCUUAAGUUUUCAACUGUUUAUAUUUAAAAAAUUGAAUGAAUUGGCUUCAUUUAUACAUAUAAUUUCAAAGUAAAUUUGCCACCAAAAAGUUCUAAAACAGUUGAAAUAAAAAAAUUUGAAUCAUUAGUAUGACAUUUCAAAAGGAACAUGUAAGGAAAGAUAAUAAUCAAUUUCCUGUUACUGUAAUUUUAAUGUAGAGUUAUAAUGCUAUCAAAUGUUGAAACAUAUGUUUGUUUACAUUAAAUCACAUGACGUUAUUUCAUUGGUUAACAUUUUUAUCACAUGACUUAUUACAUUGAUGAAUAUUCAAUAAUAUAGUGCUGCUGAAAUGCCAUUACAAGUGUAUAGAAUUUACUGUAAGCCUGUAUGAUUUUUCGAGUUAGGCCAAGCAAAUAAAAUCUUGUUUCCUGUCUCCAUGUCUUCCCUACUUUGUCAUACCUAGUCUAAAAUCUUUUUUUGAUUAAGCAUGAUUCAGGUUGUAGACAUAAAGUCUAGAACAUUUCUCUACAUACAAUGUUGUCUUUGUAAAAUAUUUUAAAAAAUAAAUUCAUUUUACCUUUUUUACUCUCUUCUGCAAGGGGACAUGAAAGGAAUAUCUAUUUUUGUUUGGCCUUAUUAGAUUCCAGAAUUCAAUACAACAUUAGAGGUUUUUCAAAGUACUUUAUUUAAACCAUCAACGAUUGAUUUAUAGCAAAUGUUUCUCUUGUUUAAAACACUUGUUAUAGAUCAUGUGACAAACAAAAUUACUAACUAAGGGGACAGAAAAACAUUGAAUAGGAAGAAACUUCAUCUAAUGGAGGCUAAAGGUUAAUAAAGUAAAAUUCAUGGUGUAUUUUUUCAUUGUUAUGUAUCCAGUUUAAUUUUUUCCAACCACUGUUUUCAACUAUCAAAUUAUUUUAAUACGGAAAAAGCUCUAGUUUUCAUAUAAAUGGGAAAUCUGUUUUAUGCUUUGUUUUUAAGGGGGUCUAUUCAAACUUAACUUUAAUCUUCCAAAAUACAAAACUAUUAACAAUUGUGAUAGAUAUUAAGGAUUAGUAUAGAUGUGCUUUUGAAAUUGAUGAAUGAAAAUGUUUACAAACAAAACAAAAGAAAAAUGGUAUUUUAGAAGUGAAUAUUUUUGUGUUCAAUUAUGGCUUUGUUUCAAACAUUUGUUAUAAAUUUGUAAUUAAAUGGCAUUGGAUGUAGUUUACGGGUGUCAGACUAUCAUGUAUUUUUGUCCAUUUUGGCGUUCCAUAGAAUCAUUUAUUUGCAGGUGCUAUAUAUUAUGUCACAUUUGUAAUUACUUCAUUUGUAAGAAAUAUAACGAGGUUUAUGGAGUUGCCUCCCCUAGGCAGCAUAACAUCUUGUUGACGUGUUCAUUACAAAGAAUAACUGAUUUUAAGGAAUUGAAUAUCCAUGCUGGACUUUAAAUUAUUGUUGUAACUUCUCACAAUGGCGUCUUUUGAAGGUUCAUCUCAUAAACAAAAUUACCAAGAAAAAAAGGGGGGGUCGGAAUAUUUUCCCUGGAAGAAUAAAACAAAAGGUGAUUCCAUAAUGUUAUUGCCAUUCUUAAUUAUCAAUUUGAGUUGAGAACUUUUUAUGAUGCAAAAAUUUAUGGAACAGAGAAAUCUACAUUUUCAUUCCAAUAAUCUUUAACAAAAAGUUAUUUCUUAAAGUUUUGUUUUGAAACUGUUUAAUAUCUAAAGAUAUCUCUUAGAGCCAGACUUUGGUCACUUGCUUAUUCUUUUAAGGUCACUUUGGAAAGUACAUGUAUUAAAAAAAACAGCUAGUUACAAUUUCAAUAUGAAAACUGAAAAGAAAACAUUGAAAUCUAUGUUAUAGUGAACCAUCGAAAUGUAACCAGCUUUAAUAUCCAAUUCCAUAAGAACAGUUUAUGUAUCAUGCACUCUUUUAUAAAUUACCAUAGACAGUCUAGUUUCAUACAAAGAAUUAAUUUAAUGAGACAUUUCAUAUUUAAGAAUAGGGUAAGCCAGAAAUAAUCAACAUCAACAGUAUUCUAUGUGAAAUAUAUUACGUUUUAAUAUUACAUAAGACAUUACAAUGAAUUAAAUUAUCUUGCAAUACAUUUGUGAAAAUUACGAUAUUUAAGUUAUAUUAAUUCUUAAGAAUGCAGAGUUUGUUUCUGCAGUUUAAAUUUGAUUUUUACUCAAUUUUUAUUUCCUAGUACUAUGGUGGUGUUUAAGGACCUUGACUUUCACAGUUUGAGGGUCUUGCACAGUUCGCUAAAUCAGCUUUUCAGUCUAGAGGACUAUGGGUAAUUUCAUUGUACGUACACUAAAAUGAAAACAAUGUUACGUCAUUGGUUGAAUUUCUUUCUUAUGUUUUCAACCAAUCAUAAUGGUUUUGGGGUAUGCUUUUGGAAAUAUUACCAAGAAUGCAUUAGAUUCUGAAAUGGCGAUUUCAAUUUGGAAUAAAUUUGGUCCAAUGUUUCUCUACUGGAGGUUAAUAUAUUUUUGUUUAUUUAAAGAGAAGUGUAAUGGGCUAACUUGCUUAAGGCAUAUGGUUUAUUCUGAAAAGUCUGAUUUCCACUGCCAUUAACAAACACACUUAUUUAGAAAGUCAAAUAUUUAAGCCAAUCAAGACUCUUUAUUUUUAAUUGAACAAUUUAUUGAAAAUCUUUGUAUGAAAUAGGUAUCUAUAUGUAAUAAUGAGUAAAAAAUAUUAUGUUUACAUGGAAAACUUGAUCAGGCCAAAUAUAAGACUGUUUUUAGUUUUCUGAUAGAUUGCCAUUAUCUGUUAUUUAAUGGAAAUCUUCAAAAUAUAUAUAUUUGUACAUGAUCAAAUUUUUCAUGUGUUUAUGUAGUCAUUUAUCUAAUAAUGCAAUGAAAAUAACAUCGGAGUCUUGUGAUAAAGAGUUAUAUUAUGCAGGGAGAAGACACACCUAUCAUUUGAUCUUGGGCUUUCUUGUUAUUGACAUUCAAUCGGGGGUGGAUCCAGCCAUUAUAAAAAGGGGGUUUCCAACUUCAUGUCCCCAUACAAAUGCAUUGAUCGUCUAAAAAAAGGGGGGUUCUGGAUCCGUGCCUGAUUCAAUGGAACAGGUUCUUUUGUUGUUGUCUUGUUAGAUUAUUUGGGACAGUCUCACAACAGAAAAGGGGACUGCACCUGAAUAUCACACUAAACUGUUUCUUGUAAUAUGAAACUGCUUGAUGUAAAUAGAAAAUGACAAAACCGACGAAUAAAACCUGGGAGGGGGUCAGGGGGGCAUUUUAGUCAUUUUGAAGUAGGCAGUACAUUGACCUAUAAUGGUUUACUUUUAUAAAUUGUUAUUUGGAUGGAGAGUUGUCUCAUUGGCACUCAUACCACAUCUUCCUAUAUCUAGCUAGCAGCUUAGACUGUUACAUACAGUAGUCUAAUCUUUUCAGAUAUUUUGAAUAUGGCAACUCAACCCUUUCACUCAAUUGAAAGUAGGUGGGAGGGGUUAAGCAUUAAAUAUUAGAUAAGCAAAUUCCAAGUUACAAUUGUGUAAUUUUAAAAGAAAAACAACGAACAAAGCAAAUGGUUGGAUGAUGGGUGUAUCUUUUUUAACAAAGGAGAAGAAUAACAUCAUUUGUUUAUAUGCUCUGACCAAACUGAGUAUUGUUAUUGACAUUGUUAUAUUGAUGUGCUUUAAUGAUUUUGAAUAAAUGUUUGUUUAGAUUACAA